UCGGCCCAAACCAAGAUGGCUGCCUAAAUACAUGUAGCUGAAGCAGUUUAGCUCGUGCCUACUACAAAGUUUAAUUAACAUUAAUAAUGGCUGAAGAUAAAAAAUUUGCCAUGUUGUCUUCUGGAUCGGUGAAGGUGGUAGCAGAGUCUGCUGGUGUAAGCAGUUUAUCAGACGAGAUUGCUGGCAUGAUUGCCGAAGAUGUUUGUUACCGGUUGCGGGAAGUCACGCAAGCCAGCACUCAGUUCAUGAAGCAUGCAAAGAGGAAACGUCUGCACUCUGAGGAUUUCAAUAAAGCUCUAAGAUGGAGUGAUGUAGAGCCCAUCCAUGGCCAUGGAUCCAAUGAUCCCUUGACCUUCAUACCCAUCAAGGAUUCAGAGCUUUUCUUUGUGGAAGACAAGGAGAUCAACUUAAUAGAUCUGGCGACUGACACCAAGAUCCCAUCAGCAGCUGGAACAACAUCGAUCAAAGCUUCUUGGGUUGCUAUUGAGGGCAUUCAAAAGCCAUCAGGAUCCCAAGCAGGAACAGCAGUAACCCACAAGUUUGAGACUCUGUCACAGGAUCUGCAGCAGUAUUACAAAGAUGCCACCAAGGCCAUCUUAGAAUCAGAUCACCAACAAGCUGAGAUUUUUCUCAGUGAUCUCCGUAGGAACACCAAAGUGUCUGGCUUGUUGCCCUAUUUUGCCAACUUUGUGUCUUGCGGAGUGAAGAUGGUGAGUCACGAUUUGGGCCAGCUGAUGAGACUCAUGCAGCUUGUGGAUGCAUUGAUCCACAACCAGGUGCUGUUCCUGGGCCCCUAUUUGAUGAAUUUGAUCUCCACUGUGAUGUACUGUAUCUUGGAGCCUCUGGCUGUCUCUAUCAAUCCACUCAAUGACCACUGGGCUUUGAGGGACUACGCAGCAAGACUACUUUCUCAGAUUCUCAGAUCUUCCAUUGAGAUCAUGGGGAGAUUUGAGCAUCAGCUCCUGGCCACAUUAAAGGAAGUUUUGAGUGAUCCGGCUAGGCCUCUCUGCUCCCAUUAUGGGGCCGUUGUUGGUCUCUGCGCCCUUGGAACCAGGGCUGUUGAGGAGGUUUUAGUCAGUCAGCUGUCCACCUAUUGGCCGAUUCUUCAGCAAGUCUUGGAAGAUACUUCAAUUUCCAACUCACAAGUCAAGAUGGAUGGACACAAAGUGCAUGGAGCCAUUUUGGCCGCUGCUGAGAUGCUCCUCAAGAGCAAAGAAGAUCAGCCAGAUGGUGGAGAGUCACCCUCUCCAAGUUAUGGACAAUCACCCAAUGCUAGCCCUGACCAUCAGGCAGAGUUUGCUUUCGGCACAGCCAGUCACCUCAUGCACCUCAGCUCCACUGGGAUUUCGGGAAGCACCGCUCCGGAGCCCAUCAAGAAACCCAAGCACUGCUCCAUCUCUGACACCUACUCUCACCUCUAUGAGUACCUUGGGGAUAGCCUGACCAUGAGACUGCAUCCCCGCAGGGAUCCUGGCAAGCGGAUUCCAGAGCCUCCCAAGGAUGUGGACCUGAUGCAGCUGCUGAAUGCAGAGUCCCAAAGCAGCCAUCACUACCGGGAGGACUAUCACAGAGGACUGAUGAGCCUGACUAGACAGAAGUUUCCCAACAGGCCUCGUCUGCCCUCAGGUGGAACUGCUAGAGAGGGUCUCCGUCCACGGCACGCCAAAACCCCAAAGAAAAUCCGUGGCAGGGCUGCAAGUCUCAAGGAUGCCUUCCCUCUAGCAAAAACCAUCAAGAUACACAAGUCCGAUUUCAAGACUCAACUGAGCAUCCCAGGAAAAUUAGUCAGUCUGAGAACCAAAAGAGGAACUUCAGAGGGCAGCAGCACAGUACCCUCUUGGCUGAAGAGCAACUCAGAUGUGUGGAAGAUAAAUAUGAGAAUGGCGGUGUUCGGGAAAAGGAGGAUUCAUUUGAUGCAGCUUCCUGAGAAUCUCCACUCUAAUCUCCAUCAGAGGGCAGUGUGUGACUUGAAUGCCAUGUUCUAAAACCUCACACACUCUUUUCAUGUUUACAGGAAAUUCUGCUUACUCUCACAAAUAUAAACACUCAUGUACAAAAAUCACCUGAAAUGAGAAUUCCAUGGUUAUCUAAAGGAUUCUGUUGUAUACCUCGUGUACCUCACACCAUGUACCUGGCAGAUGAAUCAUUCUUUUCCAUGAGUAUUCAUCUGUUGUAUUUACAAAUAAAUGUCGUCUCAUGAACAAGGAGUGUGAUCAAUGGAAACUACAUGUACAUGUAUUCAAUUUGAUAAAAUUGUCACGAGUCCUUGUUUUUCAUAAUGACUGGUCAGUCAGGGCAUUUAACCCCACAAAACCCAUCUUGCCUUAAAAUAUGGGUUGUGUUCAUUUUUUCCUUGGAUACAUUUAUAUAAUAACUCUUGCAUGCCCUAUCACGUUAUCAUGAGGGGACAGGGCAUGUCCAUAGGUUUAUGUUGUGCAAAAACAGCUGACUUCAGCCACGUGGAAUUUGUUUGUCCGUGCUAGUCACAUCUUACAGCACAGACAACUUAGUAAUGUCUCUCAUAGUAUCAUAUGGGUUUAUGUUGUGUCUUUGAAACUGUAAGGACUCUGUGAUUAUGCAUACAGACCCAUCAACAUUGAAAAUGGCACUGGCUGUGAAGGAUCCUUGACGCAGCAUCCCAACAGAGCUCUCUUAGAAUGUCACAUAUGAGCUGGGUUUUGUCAUGGUGUAGUCAAAAAAGGUAUUUGAUGCAUGCUAAUAUCUUUUUUUUAUGCCAGGAAAAACUUCUGACAAUUCACCAAUAUGUUAGCAUACACGUGUUUAGGCAAAUGGACAGACGGACAUCAAUAUGUUAAAUUAUACAAGUCAUGGAAAGGACAAAGUAGAAUUAGUCAAGAAAAGCACCAGGAAGGAAUCCCAUUUACGAUAGAAUAACCCCACAUUGAUGUUGCACAAAGAAAUAUGUUUUUCGGCAGAAAGAUACCUCUUUAAAUCGUUUUUGAAAACUGAAAGGGAAGGCACUUUUUGCACUCGUUUUCAUUUUGUAGAUAUGAAAACGGCAAAUUAAUAAAAAUUAGAUUUACAGCUUUAUCUUCAAUAUCGGUUCCACCAAACAGGAAUACUUCAUUUUCCGAGUUAAUACAAUAACUGGCCUUUUCCUUGAUUCAGGAAACUACCACACACCAAAAGGAUAGUGUGCGAUUACAUAAGCAAAAUAUAUGAAUAAGAGUUUCCUCUUCGGUUUUACAAAAGGUACACAUUUUGGAGGUGGACUUGUUUAUUUAAAACAGAAAGCUAUUUGUGCCUAAUAUUCUAUGUGUUAAUCUAUAUUGGAACUAUCGUAACCUGGUGUCCACUGUACAUUUAAAAGGACUGUUAAAAAUGGAGGACCAUUCAGAGAAGUCGUAAUCUAUAUGAAGCUUGCCAUUCCACUUGGUUGUAAACGUAUGAGUGAUUUUCUUACCAGACGUCAGCACCGAAAACAUUCUACAGGAGCCUUUUUUGUCCCUCAAAAGAGUACCUAAAUGGAAAGGUAUGGCAGGAAAUCGAUAACAUAUUUAUCUAAAUUUGAUAAAUUUGGAAAUGCUAUCUUAACCGCCCUAAUUACAGCUCCGUAUUCGAAAGAAUUAGUUCUAAGAUUUAACUCUGCCUUAAAUCCAUCACAUGAAAGAAAGUUGCCGUUUUCAUCGAAAAGAUCAAAAUAAAGUUGACACCAGCCGACUCCCAGUGCUUGUAAUAAGCUGUGAGAACGUCCAAACAAAAACGGUUCCCAUCAAUGAGACCUGUACUAAGAAAAAGUGAAUUCAACGAUCCCCCUUCCAGCAAAAGCGUGGAUGGGAUCCUAAUUAUUUUAUGGCACAGAAACGCCCAACCACAGUUAUUAUCUGCAACCAGGAGUCUGCGGAAUCAGGUUAUCUUCAGAGCUUUCGUAUAAUCCCUAACAUCCACCAUACGCAGCCCACCUUGGCUGUAAUCUUGUACCAUUUAAUUUCUGCCCCUCCAAAUAAAUUGAAACAACAUAGUGUUUAGUUCAUUGACAAUGUGGUGAGGUGAUCAGGGAUACUUAAAAGAAGAAACGUAACAAGCUUAGACAAAAGUAAAGAUUUGACUACAGUAAUUCUGCCGAGCACCGUAAAGUUCCUCUUGGACCAUUUCAUAAUCAUAUUGCGUAGAGAUAAAACAACAUUGUUGUAAUAAAGUAAAACCAUCGAAUGCAGGUCUGUAGAGAUUAUAA